AAUGAUGAAUCAAAUAUCGAAUAGAUUUUGCAUCGCAGCAAAAUCUUUUGCAGGCGAAGAAGAUGAACCCUUCCCCAUCUCUCAAGUCAUCGCCAUCACUAUGUUUCCCUCCCUUCCUACAUGUAUGAUUGAGUAUUAGGCAGCAUGUAUAUCGUUCAGAUAUUGUUUUCCAUUCUUCUACCGUGGCACAUCGCCUUGGCAGCAAAAGGAGGUCUCACGACUCCUACCGAGUGGUUGCACGAGAUCGAUGCAGAUGUGCCAUCGUUUCAUCGCACUGAUGAAGAACCUGUACCGCCCAUAACUAGUGAUCUUGAUUCCUCUGACAAUGUCACCCGGAAUUUUGUUAGUGCCACACUUGGAUCCAAUAUGGUAUUGCAGAGAGACCAAGAAGUCACCAUCUGGGGAUACUCUCAAAAGGGAGCCCUUAUCACGACCAGCCUAUUUGAUCAUGAAGAAGACGAAGCGAAAGAAGCUCGUUUCAUCCUGUCCACCACUGCAAAUGGAGAUGAUGGACUCUGGCGUCAGACCUUGCCACCCCAGAGUGCUUCUCUAAAGCCCAUGAAUAUCGACAUUAAGAGCUCCUCUGGUCAAAGACAAACACUCGAGAAUGUUCUUUUUGGAGAUGUGUACUUGUGGGGGGGACAAAGUAAUAUGGUAUUCUCCCUCCCAGGGACAACGAAUGGAACUGAGGAGGCCAACAAGGGAAACAACUACCCUCACAUUCGCAUCUUUACUGUUGGGCAAAAGACAACAUCCUCCACUCCUCUUCCUGAUUUGCAAAGUAUUGCGCAGAAAUGGAGUGUUGCCAAAAACCACAGCUUAUAUUACCACCUGCCCGGUGUACCUGGAGGUCGUGUUGCUCGCUUUAGUUUCUUCAGUUCGGUUUGUUGGUUCUUUGGCAAAGAAGUGGCGGAUGGACUAGAAAACAAGGUGCCUAUCGGACUUAUCAGCGACAACUGGGGUGGCACAGCUGUCCAAAGGUGGAAACCCAAUGGCGACCUGUACAAUGCUAUGAUUUACCCCUACAUGGUUGGUCCCAUGGCAGUGACUGGAUUUACCUGGUACCAGGGUGAAGCCAAUGCCCAUAAUAUGAAGCAGGCAAAGCUAUAUCGCCAACUGUUCCCCGAAAUGAUCGAAGCUUGGCGCAGUGGGUUCAAAGUACCUGAUGCCUAUUUUGGAUUUGUACAGCUGUCUACUUGGUGUUCCAAGGUUCCAGAGGCUGUUGCAGAAAUAAGACGAUCCCAGAUGGCAGCUUUGCAACUAAAAAAUGUGGGAUACAGCACAAAUGCUGAUAUGGGGGCUGGGUGUGAUAUUCAUCCACCUAAGAAACAGUUCUGUGGUUACCGACUUGGCAAUUCUGCUUUGGCAAUCCAGUAUGGCAAGCCAAUUCACUGGAAAUCUCCCUCAUAUUCCAAAGCAACAGCUCUGGUGAAUGAGGAACGGCAGAAGAAAACGUCAGCCAAUCCUUCUGUAGUUGUUCAAUUCCAAGAUGUUUCCAGUGAAGGAUUGUAUCUAUUGAAGACACCCUACAACACCCAGGUUGAAAAUUUUGCCUGCGCAGCAAAUCCUGCCGGAACCUGUGCUGGGGCAACUGUACUUUUGAAUGGCAAAGGCUGGGUGAAUGCCACUAUCACCAUUCGAAGUUCCAACAGCGUUUCGCUGACAGCUGUCACAGGAGACUCCAGCCAGGAUUUGAUUGUUGCCACAUCCUAUGGUUGGGGCUCUGUUCCCUUGAUGACAGUGUACGAUAAGGGGACUGAUCUGCCAGUUUUGCCUUGGAAUGAAAGAAUGUAAAGAGCCCUUUGAAUUUUUUUUGGGUUUUACCAAAAGAGCAAGCAACUGAAGUUUAUAGCAUGCUGAAAAUCUGAUGCAUUUUAAAAUUAUUUCAUACAGACUUUGAAUAUAUUCUGCUCUGCGCAUUAAUAAAAUU